AUGGGCAUCCUAGACUUCUCACGUACAAUUGAAGACUUAUACGCAGACUACGGAAAGUAUCAUACCACUGCAAUGUAAAUUUUACUUAGAAAUAAGAUAAUUCACGUUAUCUGUGUCCCUCAGAUUCUAUAUACAUUAAUCAGCUUAUUCGCUCAUUUUUCGUGGCGUAUUGGGACCAACCCGCUUACUGAAAUUCACCUCGGUAUAAUUCCUUUGGCAAUAAUUCUGUUACUUUACAUCAAGCUCGAUUUUCCUUCAGGAUUAGUCGCAGCUGUCCUUUAUUCGGCUCUAUAUUUUGUGGGUAAUUAUACAUUCAUUUAUUACGGUCCAAGCCACCUAAAAUUUGUUGGACUUGUCCAACUCAUUUGUUGGGGACUUCAGUUUGCAGGGCACGCAUUAGAGAAUAAAAGACCAGCGCUGGUAGACAACAUUUUACUUACUUUGGCAGCUCCUUUGUUUGUUGUGAUUGAAGUCAUGUUUUUCUUUGGAUAUAAGCCUGAGCUUCAUAGAUUAUGUGAAUCUACCCUCAAUAAAAAAGAUAAAUAA